AAGCGGUAAAAGAAAAAACAAAUACUCGCGAUUAUUCUAGUUAUUAACAAGACUUCGUUAAAAUUAGUUGAAACAAUAACUGAUUUGGUGUAAGGUCCCAGUUACGCAGAAGUCAUGUACCGCUACAAGUCAAGAGUGUCCGCAUCAUGACAAAGAUUGAUCGAAAACUUAUUAAAAUAGUUAUGGAUGGAAGAUUUCUUCCUCUCAUGAUACUGUUCAUGACGAAUGUGAAAUAUUCGGCAGCCGAUGAUGUGAUUCUUAAUCCUUAUUUCCAUUUUCCUGGAGCAUCGGACGUUUUCAUGGGAAUGAUUACAACAAUCGCUGUACCUAUAGAAGCAGGAACACCCGGAGAAGUACUAUUUUCUCUGAUAUUUGAAGCAAAUUAUGAACUUCCCAGUAACGAGACUGAAUUCAGAUAUCCAACAAUCGUUGGAGCAGGAUCGUCAUCUGCCCGAACAUUCAUUUAUGGAAUUGUGAAAAGAAAAAUAGAAGAGUAUGGAUACAAUGGAAAAGAAUGUCUACUGAGAACAAUUUGUGAAGCAGCUGAAUAUUCUACCGAAGGCACUGGAGUGCUAGGAGAUAUUUUACAUAUAUUAUUGACACCGUCGACUUCUAGAAAGGAAGAUAAUUUGAGAGAAUAUGAGGAAGCUGAAGAGGCUGGAGGAGAGAAAAAGUGCAAACCAUACCAAACCAAUUGCUCUUUCAGCCUACUGGAUACAUUCAGUAGGAUAGGAAAUAUUUUUGAAAACAUAAAUUCGGAACCCCUGAGUACUAAUAAACUGGAUACUAAAUAAAAACUGUUGCU